UAUCUAAUCAUUUCGGACGGAUUCCAGAUCAUUUUGCUUCGGAUCAGUCUUGCGAUCGACAUCUUCAUUCAUCUCGCUGAGGCAGACAACAACAUGACGUGGCAAGUAGCAAUCGCUCUCCUGCUGGUGGGAGUUGGUGUCGUCUCUGCAUCUCUCGGUGACCAAAACUUCCCUGGGUGUUGGCUGAAAUGGACCAGCGAUCGCCCCCGACCCGCCUGUGACUGCAGUAAAGCAUCGGGUAGAGACUCGUGGGUUUAUGGUGCAGAUGGCUCCUUGACGUGCUGGGGUAACCCAGGAAUGGUGUACAAAUUCAACCCAGAGUUACAGACACGUUCUGAAGCCUCGAAGGGCUGCAACAACUGGGAUGAAGCUGUGUGCGAGGGCGAAUACUUGGGUGGAGUAGACCAAGGGCUAUGGAGAACCGGUUUGCUGAACAUCCAAUUUGAAAACGAAUUGGAAGGGGGUGUCAUACCUGCCCUCGAGAAAGCCUGCAUCACUCCAAAAACAAACGGGUACGUGUGGUUCUGGGUCCGCAGGAUCGACUACGGCAAAGUGUCCUUCGUUGAUGGGUCAAGUACCAAACAAAGCGGCGAAUGCUUGGCUAUCAGGGUCGGUAACGAUGGUAGAAUCUACGGCCGGUAUUUCAGUUGCAGUGAGAAGCUACCAUCCUUCAUUAGGAUCACACCAGUACAAAGUCACUAGAGGAACCUAUCUGAAAAUGAAAGGCGAUUGCCUUGACCAACCAUAGACACUCUUUCUCAAUUCGAAGUAAAGUGUUAUGCGAAUGAAUUCUCCAGGUCUUAGUUAGCACAGGGUCUUCCAAAAAGCAAUAUACAAGAUUAACGUAUAUACAUUCACCAUGUCGGCCUCUGUUAAUGUUACUGUCGUUUAUCAUGUUAAGGCUAAACUAAUUACAGAAAAACUGAUAAAUGGGCAUCACGAGUUCAUCCAAAAAAUGACGGGCAAACAUUCAUGACAUUGGUCUAUACGAAAGUCUGAAUAAGAAUCGAUUUGACCUUUGCUAUUUUGUACAGCCUGAUUUUUGUGUGGCAUCUAAUUCCGGGAGUAAUAUAUCAUUUAAUUAGGGACUGAGAUUUAGUUCAUUUCAAAUACGAACAUUGCAUUCCCGAAUAAAGAGCUGUUGAAAACAUGACAAAAAAAAUCCCCCCGUGUUAUAAAAUAGUACACGACACUAGUUUGACCGCCAUUCAUAACUAUAGUAGAAAUAAAGAUAUUUCAUGUUAUUUUUCAUGUUUUCUUGUUGUAUUUUGAAUGUACAAUAAUUAUAAACAAUCAGAUUUCACGGUUCAUGUAACAUACUGUUAUGAUCAGCCAACGAGAGAAGUAAUAAAACGGUUGGACACAU